AUUAACUUUUUUGAAGGUGGGAGCCGGGAGGGUCCCUUUAAGCAAAACAAAAAAUCGUUCCCACUCAAUUGCAUAAAGCUCUCACGCCCACGCCCCCGUCCCUGUCCCUGUCGUCGCGAUGUCGCCGAGGGGGGGGGGGGGAAGCCGGCGCGGUGCGCGGCUCGAUGGGGGGGGGGGAUGACGCCUGGUGCCUGCGGCGGCGGCGGCGGCGGACCGCUCUCAGUGGCUGCCGGAGCGCGCUACCGUGGGGACGGAGGGGAGGGUCGGUGACGGACGGUGAACGCACGUCUCACGGUGGAUGGAGAGCCACGCGAUACUGCAGCUCGACAUGACAACGGCACGUCGGUGACAAACAUCGAGAAGGAUCAUCCCUUGCUGUGUGGCGGUGCAGUCAGUGCCUAAGAUCAGCAAAUUAGAUCUGCCUAAUGAUCUCGCGAUCCAAGGCCGAGGGCGCCCAGCCACUGACGCUCUCAAGACGGUCAGUUGGAGUCAUCACUCUACUUCUGCUCGCGGCUCCGGCAGCCGGCACGGAGGGCGAACAGCGCGACUGCGCCCUGGCCACCGUGAAGCCCUGUGUCGACACGCUGCUCGAGCAGGCCAACAACAACGUGAUCGCUCACGCCACCAACAGCACUCUGCUGGACACGUGCCGGCGGAUCCAGGAGGCUAUGAAGUGCGUCUCCGACUACAUCAGUUCGUGCUCGACAAAAGCCGAGCGCGAGCAGUUCACCAAGACGGUCUCCUCGACCAGCGGUCUGAUGGACUCGCUCUGUCAGCCGGGCGAGUUUCAGGACCAGUUUCUGAAGCACGUGCCGUGCCUGCGGUUGGUCUCCAUCGACUACAACUACUGCGGCCACCUCUACAAGAAAUUGGUGGCGCACAUCGAGCGAGGAGAGGAUCGUAACCCAUCGCCGCAGGUCUGCUGUACUUUCAACGAGUUCACCAACUGUUCACGGGCCAUGUCGCAGUCGCUGUGCAGCAGCGAGGGUGCCGAGUUCGUCGACCAGUACCUGGACCGCUUCGGGGACGCCACACUGACGCCGGCCUGCAAGCCGUACCACGUGGGCUCGGAGCUAUGCCCCCGGUCCGGGGCGGCGCCGGGCCGGACCGCACGGUCUCUGACCAUGGUGGUCGCCUCCAUGCUGCCGAUCCUGCUGCUGUCGUUACUGCUGAGCGCAGCCGAGCGGGCACAACGUCCCUGAUAGAAGUCGCUGCGGGCGUGUGCUUCUACGGCGUGCUCGAACAGGACAGGGCAGAACAGAGUGGACAGGACGGGACAGUAUAGGACAGAACGCCGCCCGUCCGCGGUUACCGUUCACGGCCCGGUCGGCAGUCAGUCGCCGGGGCUGGAUCUCACGCGCAGUACCCCGACCAUGGUUCUUUCCCGCGCCGAGACUGGAUCUCACGCGCGGUAUCCCACCCGCGGGUCCUUUCCCGCGCCUGUGCCCUAGCCGUGACAGGCGGCGUCGCCCACAUCAUGACGAGGAUCACCACGACGGGGAUAUCAAUGCAGGAAAACGGACACGAACACCAGCUUGAAGAUACGCGCAUGAACUUUGUCAGAAUAAUACUGUGCUCUAGAAUACUGUGCUCUUUUGUUAGCUGGAUGUCUGGCUACGACUUGACGAGAGUAACAAAAUAGCAAACAUCAAAUAGUGCACGGGUGACACCCCUGUGCGACAGUAAGGAAUGGGCGCGAUGCUGUUCACGCCGCAGCGGCGACCGAGACCGCUGACUAUUUGUCGGGUUGUGCCGAUGUCAGCGACAGUGAAACCCCUGGCCGACACAUCCGUCUGCCAUGUUCAUGCUACUGAAUGCGCGAACUACGGAUGUUCAUUGGGUCACGGACUACGGAUGUUUGUAGCAAGUGUGACGCUCUACAGCAUCAUUAAUCGCAUCGAAAUUCUGCCUAUGCCUGCACGAAGACGCAGGGCUGUGCCUGACGUCACUCUCAUGCCCACUCCAAAAGCUGACUGCGUUAAUAUUGAGCUUGAUAGACUGUCCCUUUCAGAAAUCAAUUUGAAGUUUAUAAAACCACCUAGAUAAUAUGUGCUUCAAGGAACGGUCAAAUAUCUGACGACAAUAUGCACCCCCAUUUUAGCAUUCAUCAAAUAAUGCAACUGUUCGUUACCCCUACAGGCUACAGCACUUUGAGUUGAAGAUGGCAC